AUGAUGUUUAUGCAUAAGUGCUUAUACGCCCUUCUAAUGAGCAGUCUAGUCCUUGCGGACUCAUUGGCGGAUUUUUUUUCAUUACUAAGUCCUGAAAAAAAUGAUCUCAUGAAGACAUUUAUAGAAAUUGAAGAGUUUCGCAACUUUACUCUAAUAGGAAGUGAAAAUGUUUAUGCGGAAAAUGGAAAACUCGUUGAAAUCAGAACGAUUGAACUUCAUUGGCCGAAGUACCCAUUUUGGCAUGAAAACAACCUCAAGAAUCUAACGGCUUUUUAUAGCAGCUCUAGCAACAUAGACUAUAGAGAGUAUGACGAAAGCGGAAAUUUAACUGCAGAAACUUUCGCAGGUGACAAUGUAAAGUUUGUAAUAACUGAUGGCCAUAAAUUGCUUGAAAAAUCCAUCACUUUAGAGUCUGUGGAUCUAGUAGAAGAGGCCAUUAAACAGCUGGAGAUAACUGAUGGCAAUUUAUCGGUACUCAAGUAUGAUGAAAACGGUCAGUUCAUCAACGAUGGCUCUAAGAUUAUCCCGGAAUACCUGGUCAGUGUGGAGGGUGAUGAAGGAGAAACCAACCAGCAUCUCUUCGACGAGAUUGUAAAAGGAUUUGCGAAGAUUUACGUGGAAGAGAACGGAAACGAGCACGUUAUUCCUACAAAGCUGGUGCAAUAUUUAGAAGAUCAAUUUAGCAACCGCGAAUUUUACGCCUUUUCAGGGGAGCCCUCCGCAUGGAAUUUAUCAGAUAAGGGAUUCUUUAAAGUAACCGUCCGGUUUGAUGUGGGUUCUGUGACAUACACAGUGUGUGGUCACAGAAAAUAUUAAUAGAAAGUACAUAUACAGGGUGAUUCAAAAUUCGUGUCAUUCCGUGACUUGGAGCGUACGAGAAAAACAGAAAAUAUUAACAGUUGAAAAU